UUCAGUUCAUUUGGUUGCCAUUAUUGCUGCUAAAGUUGGCUGAACCAGCUUUUAAGUUCAAGUGGGCAAUUAGCUUUUCACAUGGGUUUUAUAUUUAAUUUUAAGAUCUAAAACUAUUUAGUAUGAGAUCUUCACAAAAACAGAAGAAAUCAGGAUGGAGCAAUUUUAUUGUCACAUCACUGUUCUCUUGAAAAAUAAGAUGUCAGCAUGCAUAAGCUUUUUUGUUGUUGUUUUAUUUAUUUUUAUUAGAUCAGCCAUAUUUUUUGAAACACCAGGAAAGGAAAUGGAUAAAAUUCAUGGGAUGACAAAAAAUCAACCUCCACUGCUGCAUGUGCCCUCACAACCUAGCACAUCCUCUGAGGAUCUUUCCAACCAUCCCACAAUGCCUAACCAAGGUACUAAAAGAAAACGUGAUCAUGAAUCAUCUGACUCAGAGCCACCACUGACAACAGAUAUGGAGAUCAUGUUGAAGGCAAAGCAAAUCAUGAAAAGAGUCACUGAUAACUUGGUCCACACAAUCAUUAUGCACAGAGACAUCAUUUCAAAGAUAAAUAAAAUGAAUACUGUUAACAGAAAGAAGGCAAUCAUAGGGAUUUUCGGAAAAUCUGGAGAAGGGAAGAGCUUCCUAUUAAGUGCAAUCUUGGGAAAAAAGAAUCUACUGCCGUCUGGUUGUUUUGGUGCCUGUACAGCUGUUAUUACUCAGGUGGAAGCCAAUCUGACUGACUCCAACUACACAGCAGAGAUCGAGCUCUUCUCUAAAGAGGAGUGGGAGAAAGAGUUGAAAGAUCUUCUUAUAGUUUUAUCAGAUGAAAAUGAGGACAGGAAUGAGGACUUCAUUGAAAUUGCGGAAGAAAAGAUCACUGCACUGUAUGGAGAUGAUGCAGACAAGAAAACAUUAGAAGAGCUCAAGAAAGAUGAAAAAUUUGCUGAGAUUGAAAACUUAUUGUCCAUCAAUAAGGAAACUGGAAACUCAAAGAAGAUCUCAAAAAGCGAUGUCUCUGAAUUUGCCAGUGAUGUUGCACGUUACAUACUGAACAGUGAAGCAUGUUCUGGUGGCUGGUACUGGCCGCUUGUGAAGAGUGUGACAAUCAAGAUACCAGAUUGUCGUGAACUCAUGGAGCACAUUGUGCUUGUUGAUAUUCCUGGGACUGGAGACUGCAACAAGACUAGAGAUGACCUGUGGAAAUCUAAACUGAGAGAGUGCUCUUCUGUGUGGAUUGUAAGUAAUAUCAAUCGAGCAAUCACUGACAGAGACCCCUGGGGGAUAUUAAAGCACUGCAUUGAAGAUCUGGGACCAGGAGGAGAAUGUAAAAGCAUCAACUUCAUCUGUACAAAGACUGAUAACAUGGAUCCAGUAGACUUUAUGAGAGCUGCACGCCUUCCUGAAGAUCAAAUCUCAGAAGAAAAGGAACAGAAAAAAAUGUGCAUAAGUCAAAGAAAUGAACUUGCCAAGACAAGGGUGAAAGAAAAGUUUGAAAAUUCCAAAAUCAAGAAAAGAUUCAGCACUGACAAUGAUUUUCUUCAAGUAUUUACUGUAAGUUCUAAAGCAUUCUUCGACACCAGUUUAAAUCUGGAAUCUAUUGAAACAGAAAUCCCAAAGCUGCAGGAUGAUCUGAGGAGCCUUAACAAGAGCAUUAAUCGAGAACUGACAAGAGAAUAUGUCAAUGAAGCAAAGGGAGUUCUGUCUCUGAUCCAAAGUGUCCAGCUGGAUACAGACAAGAAAACAGCUGAAACGAAACACAGAAUCCGCAUGGAACUUGAAAACAAUCUAAUGAAGGCAUUAAAUGAAUUGGACAAAUAUUUUGACAACAUUUAUAAUGAUUUGGAGCAACGUUUAUCAAAGGGAGUGGAAGAAUCAGUGCAAUCAUGUGUUGCUUCCACAAAGGCAUUUAUAAUGCCGAUAGCCUAUAACACCCUUGAAGCUUUGUGCAGAAAGGGUGGAUGCCACUGCCCGAAAAACAGGGAUAAAGUUCUAAACCUGAACAAGACAUUGGCCAAACACCUUCAUGAAUACAUUGAUGAAGAUUUCUGUCAGAUUUUUUCUAUGAGUGAAAAAACAGGGAAGUCAGUGCAGGAACAGAUUGAUAAAUUCACUAUCAUCCAGAGUGACGCUGCUUACCGCAGAUCUACCAUAUUUCAUUACAUUCAAAACUUCAUCAAGACAGAGGAAACCAAACUGAAAACAUCGCUCAAAAGAUACAUUGUUGACAUGAAGAAGGACAUCUACUCAUCAAUCAAAAAAAGCAUUGUGAAUGAAAUGGUUUCUUGCUAUGAACAAGCUGCAGCUUUCAAAGGACCAGGAUGCUUGAAGAGAAUGCGAAACCUGUUAAUAAACACAGUCGAUAAGAUAAAACAAAACAUGUUUAACAAAGCUAAAAUGGAAGUGCUUAAAAAGUGUGAUAACUUAAAGCUCCACAUAAAGGAUGUUCUUGAAUCAGAACUAAAGAGAGCAAUGGAUCUCUCAAGGUCACAAACCAGCAAAACUAAAUCGAUGGAUGUCUCCAAAGAGAUUGAAGAGCUGGAGGGACUUCUAGAGCAACUGUCUGACUGAUGGCCACCAAGCAAGCAGCACA